AUGGGGGAUUUCAAUACCAUGUUAUUUCCCCAUGAUGGGUUUGGUGGGUCUUCUCGUCGUAAUGCGGAUAUGUCUAACUUUUUUACGUGCGUUGAGGAUGUUGAAAUUUUUGACCUACAUUACUCUGGUGUCCAUUUCACUUGGAACCAAAAGCUGAACGCUAAAGGGGGUAUCUUGCGCAAACUCGAUAGGGCUAUGGCUAAUUCAGAUUUUAUUUCUGAAAUCCAUGAUGCCAGAGUUCAGUUUCAUCCUUCGGGCCUUUCGGACCAUUCGCUGGUUGUCUUAUCUUUCAAAGGUGGCACUCGGAAAAAGAGGUAUGGCUUCAAAUUCGACAGUUUCAUGACUGACCACCCUGCUUUUUUACAAGUUGUUAAGGACGAAUGGGCUAAAAAUAUUGAGGGCACCUUUAUGUUUCGAGUGACUUCUCACUUGAAGGCUCUCAAGACUCCGCUUCGUAAACUUCAAAAUUCGUAUGGUAACCUUGCAAAAUGUGUCUUUUUUUUGAAGACUGAAUUGGAUCGUAUUCAGUUGGAUGUAGAUAAAGACCCUUCUAAUGACGAGUUGGGACUUGAAGUUGGCCAUAUCCGUAUUGCGUAUCAGAAUGCUUGUUGGGACGAAGAAUGUGCUACUAAGCAAGGGGCUAAAAUUAAAUGGUUAAAUGAUGGUGAUAUGAAUACCAAAUUCUUCCAUAAGGUGAUCAAAGAGAGGCAUCACACCAACUCCAUUCAUUCGGUCUGUAUUGGUGGUGGUGAUUACUUCUAUGGUGAAGAUGUCCUGAUAGUGUUCGUUGAUCAUUUUAAAGAUUUUUUGGCUCCUGGAUCUGAUGGUUUUUCUUCCAAGUUUUUCAAAGCUGCGUGGGAUAUUGUUGGCCGUGAUGUGGAGCUUGCUAUCCACAAUUUCUUUUAUCGAGGUAACCUCCCGAAGAAUUUGAAUCAUACUCUUAUCUGUCUUCUCCCUAAAUCUGUUAAUGCAUCUCGGGUUACGGAUUACCGGCCCAUAGCUUGCUGUACAAUGCUUUACAAAUGCAUUAGUAAAGUCAUUGUUAACAGAAUGAAGGGAUCUUUGGAUUCCUUAAUUGAUAAAGCCCAAUCAGCGUUUAUCCCGGGUAGGAGGAUCACGGAUAAUAUUCUUAUGGCACAUGAGCUUGUUUCUGGGUACCAGACGUCGUCGGAACCACCUAGGUGUGCGUUCAAAAUUGAUAUAAAAAAAGCUUAUGAUACUGUGGACUGGCGUUUCCUCAUUGUUAUGCUUCAAGGUUUAGGAUUCCAUCCGGUUCUAGUCAAGUGGAUAAGGGAGAUGGUGUCUACCGCCUCCUACUCACUUGCGAUCAAUGGGUUUUCUAUGCUCCUUAAGCAUUACAUUCGGGAAGCUGCUGAUUUUGGUUACCAUCGGGGUUGUGAAGAGCUGCAUUUCACACAUCUUUAUUUCGCUGAUGGUUUGUUUGUUUUUACUAAAGGGGAUGUUCUUUCAGUGGAACUGCUCAAAAAGGCACUCUUUCUUUUUCAGAGUCGUUCGGGGUUAGCACCAAGCCUUGAAAAAAGCGAAAGUUACUUUGGUAAUGUUCCUCCUAACAUUAAGGAGGCCAUUCUAGAGUGUCUUCCUUUCAAGCUUGGUUCGUUUCCUGUCCGAUACUUGGGGGUCCCUUUAUCUCAGGCUCGGUUGAAGCUAUGUGAUUAUGCUCCGUUAAUUGCUAUGGUGAAGGGUCGCAUUCUUAAUUGGAAGUCCAAGUUUCUGUCGUUUGGAGGGGGGCAACGUCAACUUAUCGUAUCGGUCCUGCAAUCCCUCCAACUUCAUUGGAUGUCGGUGUUCUUAUUCCCGUCUGCGGGAAUCCAUGAUCUUGAAUCUAUUUUUAGGAAUUUCCUUUGGGCUCUAAGGGAUGAUCCUYGCGGUAGAUGUAGAUUAUCUUGGGAUAUGGUCUGUCGACCUCUUGCUUCUGGAGGCCUUGGGAUUAAGCGAUUGUCCACUUGGAAUAGAGCUUUACUUGCUAAACAUGUGUGGGAUAUUGUGAGGCAUCGGGAUUCUUUGUGGGUUUGUUGGGUGUAUAGUCAUAAUCUUCGCUCCUCUCCCUUCUGGCUGGUUAGUGAUGGUCGGGAUACAAAUGCUUGGGAGGAUAGUUGGCUAUCCUGUGGUCAUCUUUCGGCUUUUAUCUCUUAUCGGUUUGUCUAUUCAAGUGGGUUCUCUACUUUUACGACAGUUCGUGAUCUUUUAAUGAGUUGGGAUGGUAUUUGGCCGGAUGAUUGGAGUAGUAGGUUUGCUGAGCUGCAUACUUCUCCAUUACCUUCGUUGAUUGAUUCAGUUCGUGAUAGAGUUCUUUGGGGGGAAGAUCUCACUUCUGCUUCAGACUUCACGGUGAGUAAUGCUUGGGCUGUUUUAGAGAGAUCUCUCCCGGUCGUUCCUUGGCACAAAGCGGUUUUGUUCUAUGGCCAUAUCCCUAAACAUGCAUUCUGUUUGUGGCUUGCUUGUCAGAGGCGUCUUCCUACACAAGAUCGUAUGCUUUGGAAGGAUGAACCACCGGAUCUGGUUUGCUGUAAUAUUCAUGUUUCAUAA